UUAAAAUUAAAAAAAAGUUGGUCAUUUUUUCGGGAAAAAUUGACCAUGUAUCAAACUUUUGUUGCCAUUGAAAACAGUUUUGACCCAAAUAAAAAUAAAUAACCUAACAAGUAAAACGUCGAAAAAGUGAAAGCAACAAAACAAUAUAAGCAAUGAGUUGUUGGAAUUUCCUGGCUCAGUUUGUAGUGGCCACCACAAAACUCGUCAUCGUUAAAAACAAUAAAGAAAUUAGCAGAAAUUCGUUACUUUAUGUAAAAAAACACCUGCUUUAUACCAUGGGUUGUUCUCAGUCGAAAAUCAACGAUUCCAAAGGCCCUAUUGACGACGAUGAAUAUGUGGAAAAAGUUUUGUGCAAAACUACGGAUUUGGAGGAAAAUCAGAUGAAAUCUUUUGAUGUAGAUGAAGGAAAGGUGGUGUUGAUAAAACAAAACGGCAAGUUCGCGGCCAUCGGGCCGAAAUGCACGCACUACGGCGCCCCGCUGGUGAACGGCGCCUUGGGCGAGGGGCGCGUGCGCUGUCAGUGGCACGGGGCGUGCUUCAACAUCUGGACGGGCGAUAUAGAGGACUUUCCAGGGCUGGACAGCAUCCCCUGUCACGAGGUCACCGUCGACGGGUGCGGCAACGUCGCGAUCAGGGCGAAAAAAUCGGAACUGCGCGAUCACAAGCGCGUCAAACCGAUGGCGAAGCGGGAGUGCGCGCAGACGCAAAGCAUGGUUAUUAUUGGUGGGGGUCCGGCUGGGGCGAAUUGCGUCGAAGUUUUGAGACAGGAGGGUUUCCAGGGUAAAAUUACCAUGGUGUGCAAGGAAAAUUAUUUGCCCUACGACAGAGUUAAAGUGAGCAAAGCCAUGGAUUUCGAUAUUGAAACGGCGCAACUUAGAAGCGAGAAAUUUUAUCAGCAAAAUGGAAUCGAGGUGAUAAAAGGCGUUGCCGCCAAAUCGGUGGACACAACCUCCAAAAAAGUGACAUUGGACAACGAAAAAACAAUCGCCUACGACAAACUAUUCGUGGCAACGGGUUGCAAACCCAGGAAAGUCGACAUCCCCGGCAAGGAUCUGGCAAACGUGCUGACUCUGCGCAAUUACGACGAUGCCAAGUUUACCGUCUCCCUGUUGGCGGAAAACAAAGAAAUGGUCGUGUUGGGAUCGUCGUUUGUCGCCAUGGAAUCCGCCAACUUUUGUCACGGAAAAGUCGGCAAAAUCACGAUCGUGGCAAGAGUCGAUUAUCCUUUCUCCCCAUACUUGGGACCUUGUAUUGGACAGGCGGUCAGAGCCCUCUACGAGGAGAAAGGCAUAACCUUCGUUCCGAACAGCGGCAUAAAAAAAAUCAACGGCUGCAGCAGCGUGGAAUCGGUGGAACUGAACGACGGAACAAUCCUGAAGUGCGACGUUCUAAUCAUGGGCACGGGAAGCGACUUCAACACGGAUUUCCUGCGAAACUCCGGCGUCAAUCUCGAAGAAAACGGUUCCGUCGACUGCGACGAUCACUUGCGCAGCAACGUUGCCGACGUUUACGUGGGCGGCGACAUAGCGUUCGCCCCCGUGUGGUCGCAUGGCAACGAGAAAUCCGCGAUCGGCCAUUGGCCGCUGGCGCACUACCACGGCAAAAUCGCCGCGUUGAACAUGUUGGGGAAAAACGCGCCGCUGAAGACGGUGCCGUUUUUCUGGUCGAUGCUUUUCGGCAAAGGGCUUCGCUACUGCGGCCACGGCCGCUACGACGAUAUUAUUUACCAGGGCGACGUGCAAGGGUUCAAGUUUGUCGCGUUUUAUUUGAACAAGGAGGGCCUUGUGAUCGCAGCCGCCUCUGUCGGGAUGGAUCCCGUCGUGUCGCAGGUGGCCGAGAUGAUGGCGCAGGGGAAGAAAAUUACGCGGGACGAUUUGCAAGGCGACGAUAAGUUGAAGUGGAUCGAGAGAUUGCACCAAAAAUAGUUUUUUUAGCUUAACAUUUGUUGCUUUAAUUAAACUCAGUAUUACUUGUGAAAAUAUGGUAUUUAAUAUGGGUUUUUAUCAGUAUUAAGCUGAUCUAUUAUUUAUUGCAUUUAUUUUAUGUAAAGUUUAUUUUUUAAUAUACAUACAUGUUGA